AUGUCAUCCUCCCUGGUGCUCACACCAGAAGCAAACCCACCUUCCUCCCUCCCGGACCCGCUCCAAAGUCACUCGAGGCCUCAACGGUCCACACGAGCAGCGGUCAAUUACUCAGAACGCGCCCCAGAUCACUCUUCAGUCUCACCACACUCAACCACUCCGACUCGUUCAGCAGCGGUUUCUACCAGAUCCAGAAGAAGUAUGUCUAGUUCCUUGUCAGUUGCGGAGAGAUCACCGGACAAGAAGAUAUUUUCCAAUGGCAGAAGAAGCGCUUUCUCACCUCUGUUCGAUAACGAAAGGAAAGAAGCUGCCCUUGGCUUGGUACUCGGAGAGGAAGCAAGUACUGAGGAGGAAACAUCGGAGGGAUCCAAAGCAACUGUUCAGGAGGAAGGCGAAGAUGAAGUCGGCGAUGAUCUGAACGAGGAUGAGGAUGAGGAGGAGGAGGAUGGAGAAAUCGGAAGUAACAGUGAAGAGGAAAAGGAGGGAGAAGAAGCUGAAGUGUUGGAGCCAUCUCAAUCACCAAUCAAGACAAACAAAGAACAAGUCAUUCCGAAUGAGCAAUUUGCACCCCUAACCAAUUCUCGAGUGACCCGUAGGCGGACUGUCUCUCCCGAGAAGAAACCCGUGGAAGAGCCCACCACAGCGGGUGUGAUAAGACUUGUCUUCGGCAAGAAAAGGAAAGCUGAAGGGGGUCCAGAGUCAACCAAGAAGGAAGCUGUCCCAGCAUCAGUCACUGUCGCGUCUGAAGCACCGAUACUCGCAGAGGAACCUCAGAGUGAGGCGAUCAACGAAGAUUUUCGAGAGGAUUUACGCAAAAGGCUGCCACGAAAGAAAAGAAAAUGGUUGAAGAAGGGAGAAGUCGAUCCCGAUGAUCCCAUCGCAGUAGCUCGUCAGAAGGAGAGACACAGAUUGAUAGACGAAGCUAUCGAAGAUCUUAACAAACAAGAGCAACUGCUUUCCGAUAACGCCCAUCCCCAACUAUUAUGGUUAUGGGAUGAAUUAGAGCGCAGAAGGGGAUUGCAGAUAAACUGGCUCGAAGCUCGUCAUGAAGCGGCGAUUGGGGAUCUAGAGCGUCUGCGCGAUCAUGAGCUACAAGUUGCAAAAUUGGAUUUCAGGCUGAAACGGGAAGAACUCGCCAAUGAAAUGAUUCGAGAGAACAGACACAAGAUGGCUCGUACUGCCGCUGAACGUACUGCUCUCAAGAGACAGCCCGGCAGUAUGCCUAGCCUUCGAGGUGGCCGCGGUGGUGGAGGUUGGCAGGUGUCUACGACAAACCUCCUUUCAGAUGGCGAGCAGAGGCUAGUACCUUUAACGCGCGGAGAUGAUCCCUUCAUGCGCCGAGACGUCUCCCGAAAGAUAGAAUCGCUCAAUCCUGCUGAGGUCAAAGCCGAUCUUGAGAAGUUUGAAGCACACAAAGUCAAACGACAACAUCGAUCUUCAACACCUCCCAAUAUCCAUUCAAAACCUUCCGCUUCCAGGUCUGAUCGUCACUCGCUUCCCCGCCCGGUUGAACCACAACACAAUGCUAAAGUCAUGCGAUACGCUGCACCUCCAGCCGCCACUCAGCGUCCUCCCAGCAUAUGGGAUCCACCUAAGCCUCUAAUGGCGAAUCCAACGCACAAACAAGGAGUUUCACGUCCACGAUCGCCCGAGCAUUUACCGCGAUAUCACAGUGAAUCAGUUUCUACGAUAGGCUAUGGUGGACGUGCGCCAUCACGUGGCCUCCCAUUCGCGUCCAUAUUCAAGCCUCCUCCAGAACACCCAACAUCCAGACAAGAAGCGAUACCUCCUCAUCAUCCAUCGAGCACACCACGCCCGAGAUCUCCCCCUCGGCAGCUCCCGCGUCAUCCGAUGGAAACGACACCAUCUAACCUCUGGCCGCAUCCACGUCAAAGGCAUCCAUGGCUAGCAUAUGGUGGUGCACCCCCCAGAAAAGCCUGA